UGUUUUGGUUGAGGGAAUGAUACGGUAGGGCACACUCAAUCCAUCUGUUCGUGACGUCAGAACCCCUGGGGCCAGCUAGCUGGAAACAUAUUGGAGAUGUAACGAGAACAAUAGAGGACAAGACAACCAUUGUCAGUGACCCCACGGGGCCUCCUUCGUGAAAGUGACAAAUUUAUUCCAGGGAAGUGACAGGUCAUCAUUGAAAUUGACAGAUAUCCACAGACAGGUAAAACGUGCGAUGAUCGAGGGAGAGGAUAGUCGACGAGGUGGACCGUGCUGGAGACGUGUAGCUGUAUUUACGUUUGUGUAACGAGAGAGGAAAACAGGACUCACAUAAGAUUACUAGAUCGAUUCGAGAAGAUGGGUAUUCAUGAUUUCUGGCGGAAACUAGGGAAAUCUAACACCAAAGACCGAAAACUAGACACUUUACAACACAGUCGCCAUUGCUCAUCGUGCGAGAAGUAUCGGACCUGGACAUCGAAAUCGAAAGCGUUAAGUUUGCCUCUUUCUGAUCUACGGAAGAUGAAACAAUCGGCAGAAUUCGACGAAAAGUGUCGCUGUGAGUCUGUUGAUGCGUGGGUGACGACUGUGAACAGGUCACGUGAGCGUGUGGACAUAGUGGACAGAGUUCUUCUUGAUGACCGUUUGUCGACAUUUAGCUCAACAGACCAUGUGGAGGAAACAGAUACUGAGGACAUCGGGGACUCGGAGAGUGAUACCGGAAGUCUCCAGGAGUGGAGUCAUUGGCGGAAACAGGCAAAUGGUCAACUCGUGUCCAUGAUCCUCAACAGUAAGAGUAAAGACUCUCGUUCCUGGGAUUACACACGUAAGGCAAUGGACAGCACCGUCAUGAAUGACGUAAUACAGCACGUGAAAGACAGUGGUGUAAGUUCUCCCGAACUAGAAGGGAAACCGUUCAUAAUGUACGGAAUACCGAGGGCUCGACUGGAAAAACGGUGAAAGUCAUUGUCUUACGUUGUUGAAAUAUAUUUUUUGUGGAAAAUGGUUAUGACUCUCGAGGAAAAUUUGUCGCAGUGGAUCAUGUACUGUCUCAAAGAUAACAGUUUGGCGAGAAAGUUGGAUAAAUCUGUAUUUUCCAGACUUGUGGCGGUGGACAUAGUAAAGGACAUUGAGCAACUGUGAAAAUAAACUAAUGCCAACGUAGAAUUUAUUCUGACAUUUCCGAAUCCUAUUUAUUUCGAGAUGUUUUCGGGUUUUUAGCGAUCUUCACUCUAGAUAUUUUGAAAAUUAUCGUCUCGGAAUCCCUUGGUAUUUAUCGUUAUUUAUUUGUUAUAUUAUCUCAAUAAUAAAAUGUUAGAAAUACAC